UUGAAUGGGGGUAUUCAUCUUGGACCCCUUUGGAACUGGCUAAGGCUGGCUUUGAAUGUACUGGUUAUGAGGACUUAAUUACGUGUAGUUAUUGUCUUGGAACUAUUAGUGCACGGAACAUAAAGGGUACACCGGUUGCAACACAUAAAAUUUAUUUUCCGGAUUGUAAAAUGUCGAGAUCAGAAAGUGAAGUUACCAGCUGUAGUGACACCGAAGCGGACGCAGACGUUUAUGAUGGAGAGGCUAGUGAGGAGGAAUUUGCUGGAUUCGAGGUGUACAGCAAGGACAUCAUUACCAAGGUUUACUGCCCAAAAAUGCAAUCCUAUGAAAGCCGCUUCGCUACUUUUGCUCGUUGGCCAAGCAGUCCACAUCAACAUCCACAAGAAAUGGCUGCAGCGGGUUUUUACUUUAUAAACUAUUGUAUACUGACACGCUGUUUUUACUGUGGCAUGGGAAGAGAUUGCUGGAGAGAAAAUGAAGACCCUUGGGAGAUUCAUGCUGCCUUAAGACCGCAGUGUCCGUAUUUGAUGGAGCAGAAGGGGGAAAGUUUUAUAAAUACGAUUCAGCAGAAGAAACAGAACAAAUAUAGAAAUGCAUCUAAAGAAGAUGAAGACGCGCUGCUGUGGCCAGACAACGUGGCCGAAGAAGAAAAAAUUCUACAAGCUUUACAGUUCUAUAGUUGGGAGCACGUGAUGGAAGCCUUACGCCGGCGUCCGAGUGCGAGAAUCAUGGCCCAGUCGGAGCUGGGGUUUCCCUGGUCUGUUCCCUGGCUUGAACAGGGUUGCCGGGACAGCGAAAGGCGUGAAAGAAAUGCGAGAAUGAAGGGUAAUAGCGAGGAACAUCUGCGGGCAGUAAGAGAGCAUUGGCGACGAAUAUUCCUACGUUCUCCAGCAGAUCAUCUGGCCGAAGUGAAAGACGAAAAGCUGUGUAAAAUUUGUUACACAAAUGUCAUCACGCAGGUUCUAUAUCCAUGUGGUCAUUUUGUUGUUUGCAACUGUUGUGUGAAGGACUGUGAUGGUUGCCCAAUGUGUCGUUCCGUCAUAAAAAAAAUCUUGCCAGUGUAUUUUUGUUAAAAAAAAGAACAAGCUGUGGCUUGCUACUGAAAUUUUUUUUGUUUUAUGUUAAGCUACCAGGGGAUUGAACCCCAGACCUUAUCCUAUAAAAUUGUUUAGUUUACGAGUAAGCCACAACAUGUUCUGGUGAAAGUUGAUUAAAGUUUUGCAUCUAUUUGAUUACUUACUGGAAAUCCACAACGCACUCUGCGCAAAAGGAACCGGCAACGACGGAUUCGACCAAUAGUUAUUAAGAGCAGUUGCAUUACUACCAGCGUUAUGUAUCAGCUUUCACGGAAGCUAGUCAAACAUUCAAGUUUGUUACAGGACAUACAAGGAACAAGCAGCAUUGGACAUGACCAAGAUAUGGUAACGUCUAUUGCUGAAGUUCCGUGGUACACGUCCUCCCUAUAUUUGCAAAGCCAAUACUUUUUAAGUUCCAAUUCACAUUGAGGUGUACAUGGAACUGGUGGCUAUGGAAAUGACCAAUUACAAUUGAGGUAAUUUCCAUUACUACCAGCGCUACGUAUCAACUCUCAUAAAAGUCUGUCAAACAUUCAAAAAUACUG